AAAAACAACAUUACGCUAACCAUUGCAUUAACUAUAUAACCAAUUUGGUGUACAUUAAAAGAAAAAGUAGAUACAUAAUUUUUUUAUAAUUAAAAAUAAGUAAAAAAAAAAAAAGAAGAAAACAAAAAACAAAUCCCUUCCCAUUAACGUCACAUAUAAUUAUGCCUUAAAUAUCUCAAUAUCAUAACAAUUUCUUUAGUUCCCCACAAAAAAAGUCAAAAUCCUCCUCCUCAAUUCUUCAUAAUAAAAACUUUCUCUCAUCAUUUUUAUUUUCAUUUUCAUUUUCUCUCUAGCCAAACAAACUAUAUCUCAUCGAAAAUCAUGUCCUCCAACAAAUCAAAAAACCCAUUAAGAACAAUUUUCGCCACCAACGGAGGCUGUGGCUGCGCCAAACUGAAACUCUGCGACGUGUUAGAGCCAAUCCGAAAGCCCAAAAUCCAGGCCCAAAAAAGCCCAAGUAACAACAACAACAAGCGCUUGAGUAUUAUCAAUACUACUCCCACCUCUUCAUACGGUGUCGUUUCGAUUCUAUCCGAAUACGACAACGAGAAUGAGAAGGAGAACUCUUCAGCCACAACAACGACAACCAAUGUGGAGAACACGUCAUCGUCGUUUUCUGUUGAGACAGAGAACUCUAGUAAGUGCUCCUCUUCCUCUUCACGAAGCAAGAGAUUAAACGACACUUGCAUUGCUGUCGUUAAAGAAACGAACGACCCUUACCAUGAUUUUAAACAAUCGAUGAAGCAAAUGAUAGUGGAGAAGGAAAUUUACGACAAUCAAGAUCUGAAAGAGCUUCUCACUUGUUUUCUCGAUCUUAAUUCUCCUUCACACGGUGACGUCAUCGUACGAGCCUUUACUGAGAUCCGAAACGACGUCGUUCCAAAGAAUAAAAAUGCCGAGUGCUUAUUAUUACAACAAAAGAAAGAAAAAGAAAAAGAAGAAGAAGAAGAAGAAGAAGAAGAAGAUAUUCAAUCUUCCAGCUGAUUACGUACGUGUGAAGCGUGCCAAACCCAUGUGUUUUCACAGAAUUCGCACGUGUGCAUGGCAAGAAAAAAGGUGAUGAAUUAGCUU